GGCCCCAUAAAAGGGCGUCUAGUUAGGACAGGAGGAAUUGGGGAGAAGGCUGUGAAGGGCUUGCAGCACCAUGAAGAGCUUCCCCACGGCUCCCCCUGUUCUACUUUUCAUCCUGAGUGUCGGUCUUGCAGCUGCCCCACGUGGCAGUGAUGUGGCCAAAUACUGCUGCUUACAAUUCAUCCAAAAGACCCUGCCCUGGAACUUGGUGCAAAGCUAUGAAUUCACUAGGAACAGCUGCUCCCAGCAAGCUGUGAUAUUCACUACCAAAAAAGGCCGGAAAGUCUGUGCACAACCAAAGGAAAAAUGGGUGCGAAGAUAUAUUUCGUUACUGAAAGCUCAACAGAAUUCAACAUGGCUGAACUUUCAGCCCAAGGACACCUGAACCCCCUCUUGACCCUACUGUCCUGGGAAGAGCCUGGAGAAUUCCUUCAAAAGAAGGCUCCGUGGGCCUGGUGGGGAGGAAAGGUAUUUUCUACCAGAGUUUUCUUUGAUGAAGGUUUUUUGUAAAGAUUUGACUUGCUUAUAAACAUUCUUAUUCAAUAAACCUGA